GGCGACCGUCAGUUUUCGCUGAGGAGAAGCACGAAGCGGACCCGUUGGCUCUCCCCCUCCCUUUCCCCGGUCCUGAACCCCUCUCCUGGCUCGCCGGGAACUAGUCCCCGUGGAGUGCCCCCUCCUCCCGGCCGCUGUUUCCUCGGUUUGUCGGCUCGGUGGAAGUCACUGCCCUCGAGGGGGAGGCAGCGGCAGCCGCCCUCGCCUGCCGCCCCCGGUUCGGUGCCCGCGGUCCCGGGGAGGAGGUGCCGCCGCCACCGCCGCUCCCCCCCUCCCGCUGCCCUCGGGCCGGGCUGGGUCGAGUUGCGAUGCCCUCGGACUUCAUCUCAUUGCUCAGCGCGGAUCUAGACCUGGAGUCGCCCAAGUCCCUCUACUCACGAGAUUCUCUGAAGUUACACCCAUCACAGAAUUUUCAUAGAGCUGGACUAUUGGAAGAAUCUGUCUAUGAUCUUCUCCCAAAGGAGUUACAGUUACCUCCAUCUAGAGAAACAUCUGUAGCAUCAAUGAGUCAGACAAGUGGUGGUGAGGCAGGCUCGCCUCCUCCAGCUGUAGUUGCUGCUGAUGCUUCUUCAGCUCCCUCCUCUUCCUCCAUGGGCGGUGCUUGCAGCUCCUUUACCACCUCUUCCAGCCCUACCAUUUAUUCUACCUCAGUCACCGACAGCAAGGCUAUGCAAGUCGAGAGCUGCUCCUCAGCCUUGGGGGUAAGUAACCGAGGGGUAAGUGAAAAGCAGUUAACCAGUAACACAGUUCAGCAGCAUCCAUCAACACCGAAGAGGCACACAGUCUUGUACAUCUCACCACCACCUGAGGACUUGCUGGAUAACAGUCGGAUGUCCUGCCAGGAUGAGGGGUGUGGAUUGGAAUCUGAGCAGAGCUGCAGUAUGUGGAUGGAGGAUUCCCCCUCCAACUUCAGUAACAUGAGCACCAGUUCCUACAAUGAUAACACUGAGGUACCUCGUAAAUCACGAAAACGAAAUCCAAAGCAGAGGCCGGGGGUCAAACGACGAGAUUGUGAAGAAUCUAAUAUGGAUAUAUUUGAUGCCGACAGUGCCAAAGCACCUCACUAUGUGCUUUCUCAGCUUACCACGGACAACAAAGGCAACUCAAAAGCAGGAAAUGGAACAUUGGAAAACCAAAAAGGAACUGGAGUAAAGAAGAGCCCUAUGUUAUGUGGACAGUAUCCUGUUAAAAGUGAGGGAAAGGAGCUGAAGAUAGUUGUACAACCUGAGACCCAGCACAGAGCUCGGUACCUGACUGAGGGUAGCCGUGGCUCAGUAAAGGACAGAACACAGCAAGGCUUUCCUACAGUGAAGCUGGAAGGGCAUAAUGAGCCAGUGGUGUUGCAGGUGUUUGUGGGCAAUGACUCUGGUCGAGUGAAACCACAUGGAUUUUAUCAGGCCUGCAGGGUAACUGGGCGAAAUACAACUCCCUGCAAAGAAGUGGAUAUCGAAGGCACUACUGUUAUAGAAGUUGGCCUUGAUCCAAGCAACAAUAUGACACUGGCGGUUGACUGCGUAGGGAUAUUGAAAUUGAGGAAUGCUGAUGUUGAAGCCAGGAUAGGAAUUGCUGGUUCCAAGAAAAAGAGCACUCGUGCCAGAUUGGUUUUUCGAGUUAAUAUCACAAGGAAAGAUGGCUCCACUUUGACACUGCAAACACCCUCUUCUCCAAUUUUAUGUACUCAACCGGCAGGAGUGCCAGAAAUCUUAAAGAAGAGCUUGCAUAGCUGUUCAGUGAAAGGAGAGGAAGAAGUAUUUUUAAUUGGCAAGAACUUUCUGAAAGGAACUAAAGUUAUUUUCCAAGAAAAUGUUUCUGAUGAAAACUCUUGGAAGUCAGAAGCUGAAAUCGAUAUGGAAUUAUUUCAUCAGAAUCAUCUUAUUGUGAAGGUUCCCCCAUAUCAUGAUCAACAUAUAACUUUGCCAGUAGCAGUGGGAAUAUAUGUAGUAACCAAUGCUGGAAGAUCUCAUGAUGUUCAGCCAUUCACUUACACUCCAGACCCAGCAGCUGUUGCUUUGAAUGUGAAUGUAAAGAAGGAAAUAUCUAGUCCAGCAAGACCUUGCUCUUUCGAAGAAGCCAUGAAAGCAAUGAAAACUACUGGAUGUAACUUAGAUAAGGUAAAUAUGCUUCCUAAUGCUCUGAUCACUCCGCUCAUAUCAAGCACUAUGAUUAAAAGUGAAGACAUUACUCCAAUGGAAGUAACAGCAGAGAAAAGAUCGCCUUCUAUUUUUAAGACUACGAAGACAGUUGGAUCAACUCAACAAACAUUAGAGAAUAUAUCUCACAUAGCAGGAAAUGGGUCUUUUUCAUCAUCAUCUUCCCACUUAACUUCUGAAAAUGAAAAGCAACAACAGAUUCAGCCCAAGGCAUACAACCCAGAGACCCUGACAACUAUCCAAACACAGGACAUUUCACAGCCUGGUACUUUUCCAGCGGUUUCUGUGUCUAGUCAGCUGCCCAGCAGCGACGCACUACUACAGCAGGCUACACAGUUUCAAACAAGAGAAACUCAGUCGAGAGAGGUGUUACAGUCAGAUGGUACGGUGGUUAACUUGUCACACCUGACUGAGACAUCACAGCAACAGCAGCAGUCUCCACUGCAAGAACAAGCACAGACUUUACAGCAGCAGAUUUCAUCGAAUAUUUUCCCAUCACCAAAUAGUGUGAGUCAGCAACUACAAAAUACGAUACAACACUUGCAGGCAGGGAGUUUUACAGGCAGUACUGCCAGCGGCAGCAAUGGAAGUGUUGACUUGGUCCAACAAGUUUUAGAGGCACAACAACAGUUAUCUUCAGUUUUAUUUUCUGCUCCAGAUGGUAAUGAGAAUGUUCAAGAACAGCUUAGUGCAGACAUUUUUCAACAAGUCAGUCAAAUUCAAAAUAGCGUAAGCCCUGGAAUGUUUUCCUCAACAGAACCAGCAGUCCAUACCAGACCAGAUAAUUUAAUAGCUGGAAGAGCUGAAAGUGUUCACCCACAGAAUGAAAACACAUUGUCUAAUCAGCAACAGCAGCAGCAGCAACAGCAAGUGAUGGAAUCCUCAGCUGCAAUGGUGAUAGAGAUGCAACAGAGUAUCUGCCAGGCAGCUGCCCAGAUUCAGUCAGAGCUGUUUCCUUCAUCUGCUUCAGCAAAUGGAAACCUUCAGCAGUCUCCGGUUUACCAGCAGACUUCUCAUAUGAUGAGCGCAUUAUCAGCCAAUGAGGACAUGCAAAUGCAAUGUGAAUUGUUUUCUUCUCCUCCGGCAGUUUCUGGAAAUGAAACUGCUACAACUACCACACAGCAGGUUGCAACUUCUGGCACUACCCUGUUUCAGACAUCAAAUUCAGGAGAUGGAGAAGAGACUGGAGCACAAGCAAAACAGAUUCAGAACAGUGUCUUUCAGACCAUGGUCCAAAUGCAACAUAGUGGGGACACUCAGCCUCAAGUUGGCCUUUUUUCAUCUACAAAAAGUAUGAUAAGUGUUCAAAAUAGUGGUACCCAGCAGCAAGGCAAUGGUUUAUUCCAGCAAGGUAAUGAGAUGAUGUCACUUCAAUCAGGGAAUUUUUUGCAGCAGUCUUCUCAUUCACAGGCUCAGCUUUUUCAUCCUCAGAAUCCUAUUGCUGAUGCCCAGAACAUUUCCCAGGAAACUCAAGGUUCUAUUUUUCACAGUCCAAGUCCUAUUGUCCACAGUCAGACUUCUACAGCCUCCUCUGAACAAAUGCAGCCUCCAAUGUUUCACUCUCAGAAUACCAUGGCUGUGCUGCAGGGCUCUUCUGUUCCUCAAGACCAACAGUCAGCCAAUAUAUUUCUUUCCCAAAGUCCAAUGAAUAAUCUUCAAACCAACACAGUGGCCCAAGAAGAACAGAUUUCAUUUUUUGCAGCUCAGAAUUCAAUUUCUCCGCUUCAGUCAACAUCAAACACUGAGCAGCAAGCUGCUUUCCAGCAGCAGGCUCCAAUAUCACACAUUCAGACCCCUAUGCUUUCCCAGGAACAGGCACAACCCUCCCAGCAAGGUCUGUUUCAGCCUCAGGUUUCCCUGGGCUCCCUUCCUCCUAACCCAAUGCCUCAAAACCAACAAGGAACAAUCUUUCAGUCACAGCACUCAAUGGUUGCCAUCCAGAGUAACUCUCCAUCCCAGGAGCAGCAGCAGCAGCAGCAGCAGCAGCAGCAGCAGCAGCAGAGCAUUUUAUUCAGCAACCAGAAUGCCAUGGCACCGAUGGCGUCUCAAAAGCAGCCACCACCAAACAUGAUAUUCAAUCCAAGUCAAAAUCCAGUGGCUAAUCAGGAGCAACAGAACCAAUCAAUUUUCCAUCAACAAAAUAAUAUGGCACCAAUGAAUCAAGAGCAACAGCCCAUGCAGUUUCAGAACCAGACCACAGUUUCCUCACUUCAGAACCCAGGCCCUGCCCAGUCCGAAUCAUCACAGACCUCCUUGUUCCAUAGCUCACCUCAGAUUCAGUUGGUCCAAGGAUCACCCAGUUCUCAAGAGCAGCAAGUAACACUCUUCCUCUCUCCAGCAUCCAUGUCUGCAUUGCAGACCGGUAUAAACCAACAAGACAUGCAACAGUCUCCCCUUUAUUCCCCUCAGAACAACAUGCCUGGAAUCCAGGGAGCCACAUCUUCACCUCAACCACAGGCUACUUUAUUUCACAACACUACAGGAGGUACAAUGAACCAGCUACAGAAUUCUCCUGGAUCUUCUCAACAGACAUCUGGAAUGUUCUUAUUUGGCAUUCAAAAUAACUGUAGUCAGCUUUUAACUUCUGGACCAGGUACAUUGCCAGAUCAGUUGAUGGCCAUAAGUCCACCAGGCCAGCCACAAAACGAGGGCCAACCACCUGUGACAACACUUCUUUCUCAGCAAAUGCCAGAGAAUUCUCCAAUGGCAUCCUCUAUAAACACCAACCAGAACAUUGAAAAGAUUGAUUUGCUUGUUUCAUUGCAAAACCAAGGGAACAACUUAACUGGCUCCUUUUAACUGGAUAUAAAUUCCAUGAAGAAAAUCCUGAUUUCAAGAUAUCCUGAGAUCUUGUGAUUCCAUGAGGAUUAUUGAACUGUCACUUUAAAAAGAAAACAAAAUAUGAAAAACUGUGAUUGAGCAAAUGGAUAGAUUUUACUCUGGCUGCAAAAGAGCACACCUUGGCUACCUAUUGCAGUGAUUAACCACCCUUGUUAACAUCUUUAUAUUUUAUGUUCCUAAUAACAGUGAUGACUGAGAAUCUGUUUGUUUCCAGCUGACAGAAUUAAUUAUUACUAUUUUCGUAGGCACUCUUUCUUUAAAAGUACAGUUUAAAUUGACAAGCUGGAUCACUCAGUUAUUAUUGCUAUUAGAAAAUAAUUCAUGUUUCAUGUUUACUUUUGUUCAUUUGUGUUUUCUGCAUUGUUUAGUCAAGUAGUGGCUUAUGAAAAAGAGUUCAAAUAAUAACUAAGGCUGUGAUUUUUCAGUAUAAAAAGCACAGCUAUUGGCUAUAGUGAAGGAAUCUUUUCUCAGUUUUUAUGGAGAAACUAAAGGGAUAACAUUCUGACAAGUAAGCUGUAUUAAGAGGUCUGCAUGGAUAAGAGGCCUCUAUUUAUCACAGACAACACAUUUACAACCAGGGAACAGCUGGAAUGCUAUUGAUUUUAUUUUUCAGAGAGUCAUUAAUUCUCUGUUUCUGUUAAGGGUUUUAGCCAUAACUGUGCAUAGAAAAAGAAAUAUCUUGCUUUAUUAAAAAAAUGAAGAGGAUGAUGUAUGGUAAAUUAUGUUCUGAUAGUCUCCUACAUUAGUUAAAGCUGACAGUAAUUUGAGUCUGUUUUCUUCUUAUCCCAGUCUUGGACUGGUAUUCCCUUUUUAUGUUCAUCUAUGUUAUUCUUCCCCUCUUCACUUUAUUUUAGACAGUUAGUAAUAUGCUACUAGCUUUGUGACCCUGCAGUAACUUAAAUGAAAAGACCAUGUUGAUCUAGGGUAACCCAGCAACUCCUGCAGCACAGGCAGGGGGCUACCCUUUCAGGAAUGAGGGGAACUGACUCCUGAGAGAUAAGAAACAAUGCAUUUUUCCCCCAUGAACGGUGCUGUUCUGAAGUCUUCAAAUUUUUCCCUCUUACAGGAAGCAGUGUAAAUGUUAAUUAAACACAGAGAGACAAACUAAAAUUUCUUGAAACAUCACUUCUCCCUGAGCUGUAGUGAGUGUAAUUCACUUGUCACCUCAGUGCUUUACAGUUUGAAGUGGUCAUUUACCUGAUGGUUCCCACAAGCCUUGGGCUUUACAGGGUCAUAUCAUUGACUUAAAGUGAAGAAUUCAUUUGUGUUACAUCAAUAGAGAGCAAAAUAACACACUCCAGAACUUGCAGUUGUAGUAUUAGUUAUACAGAUUUGGGUGUUCUCACCACCCAUGGGAUGCCUGCUUCUCACUACAACCUGUUGUCUGGACAUAUGCUUACGUCUUAUUCUCCUUUUGGCAUGUAGAAAGCUGUUAAUACAGUUUAAGGCCAAAUUGUGUGUGGCUUCUAUAUGUAGAUAAGAUGUUUUGGCAUUCUUGUCCGUUUCAUUUAUUUUUUUAAAUGUACAAAAAAUAGCCUGUUAAUUGUUUGUAGAAGGCUACAUUUCUGGUUUUUGUUUUUGUCUUUUCUAUCCUAUACACUUAGUUGAACUUUGUGGAAUUGUGGUGUUGGUUUUGUUUAUACAGCCGGAAUUUCCCCCCUUUUUGUGAUGGUCUUCCUUGGUUCUUUGAAUGUACUCUUCUUUAAUUUGUUUUAUUCUCUUUGGUCUCAUUUACUCUUCCCUCCACCCCCAACCCUUUCUUUCUUUCUCUCUCUGAUUGAGAGGCAUUGAAUUAUGUUUUCAGUAGUACAGGCUUCUUGCCGAUAUGAAGGGAACUUUUCAGAAAGAGACCUACUCUGGGUCAUUUAAUUUUGAAUACAGUUUUCAAUCGUUCAAGUUUUGGAUGGUUUAUAUCUAAUGUGUGUUUCAUUUUUUUGGAAAGCUAUAUUUUGUAUUUAGGAAAUGGUAUACUAUUUUGCUAUUUGUACUGAGUGAGUACAUUGGCAUAAAUAUAGAAAUUUAUAUAUAUACAUAUAUAUAAACUAUUCUUUUUUUGCCACACAUUUUUGUGGUAAAUUUGUGAGUUUGUCUGAUGUUCUACCACAACGUGGCGUCUGAUAAAAGUGAGGGGGGGGGGGGGUUUGUUAUGUCUUUGUUGAGUAUUUAAGUAUCUUUUGAAACAAAUGACCUGUUCAUCUGUGGCCAUUCCAUCAGGCAGUUCCUUGAUGUGAUUAGUGGGCUAAAGUCAGCUUACUGUGUGUUUGCUGGAUCUUACACUCAGCAAAAUGUUAAAGUAAGGAAACCCAUCUAGGCAGUUGUGUCAAAUGGUGUUUCGCAAGAAUGAGCCAUCCAGUCUUUGCUCACUAUAUAUUUAAUAUUUUAUUAUCGUUGUUAUUGUUAUUAUUAAUUGGCUUUCUGUAUUCUAUGCCUUUUAUUUAUAAAGACACUAAAAAAAUGUUUGUAAUUUUAAUAACAUUUUCCCCAUCUUGUAAUAUCCAGAGCUACUUUAUAAAUUCUCUAAACCAAAUGCAUUUUCCUAUCUAUAUAUAUAUGUAUGUGUGUGUAUAUACAUAUAUAUACACACACAUAUAUAUAUAUCUCCCCACCCCAUCAGGAAAAAUUACCCAGUAUAGUUCAGGUUAUGAGAAGGACCAGCCACACAAUCCAGUGCUUCAGUUUUAAAAUGGAUAACUAGUUACAGAGGGUUGACUGAUGUUAGAAAGCUUAUCCAGUGGUAUAAAAAUAAAUAGAAAUAAAAUGCUGUAAGUUUAUUUCUGAGUUUUCUGAAUUUUUUUCCCAAGAGAUUACACAGGAGACUCAGGAAAAUCUAUUUGUUCAUCAAGUUCCACUGUUAACACUGCUCUAUGGAUGAAGUGGUGGCAAGAAGACUGGCUUGUGUGCUGAUUUCUGUUAUUUAGCAAGAAGUUUAUCAUUGUAAAAUGCUGAUUGCCAAUGCCAAGUCACCAGGGACCAAUUUUCUGUUUUGUAAUAUCUCAGUUUAGAACAGAACAUACACCUGAACUGUAGUGGUUUGAUUGGAUGGAGGCAGAAAACCCAACUUUUAUUUUCAUAAAUUUUGUGGUUAUUUGUACAAGGGCUGUGCUAAGAUACCAUAUUCUUAAUUCAGUAGUGAUUUUUUUUUUAACAUUGUUAAAUGUUCCUUACUGCUAAAAGGUCAAUGUUAAGUAUAGCAUUCAGAACGUUAUUUGGUUACAAAAAGUAUUUGUCUUCGAAUUGAAGAGCAAGCUUAGUAGUCAGUGGUUGAUACUUGUGCUCAUAAUACAGAUUCAAGAUUACUGUUACAAGUUACAUCUAUAUAUGGGAGAGAUUCCAAGAGCCAGCAGAGUUCUUGGAAACAACAAUUUAUUAAAUUUACUUAUGGCAGAAGGAUUUAAGUGAACUAUAAACCACAUUUUAUUCCUUUAUAUUGUUCCAUUCAAUUGUUCUUGCCUUUAGGAACUCACAUGAAUGCUUGGAGCUUAUCUGUAUGUCUGCAUGAGUGUGUGUGUGUAUGUGUGUGUUUGUCCUUUAUUCCUUAUUGUCAUUCCAUUAUAUAUCCACACCAACAUGGGAGAAGUUAUAUACAACAAUUAGAAGUUGUAUUUUGAUUCUUAGCUUUAUCUUGUUACCUUUGUAAUUAGAGUAUCAUGUUGUUAUUUAACCAAUGCAAAUCUGUUUUCGCCAGUCUCCCUAGAACAGAUUUUUAAAGGGCUUUGUUUAUCGUAGAAGCAGUAUUAGUGAGGGACCUUCCUUCCUUUCUUUUUUGUAAUAUUGUUUAUGCUGUAGUUGGGAAUUUCAUUACAGUGCAUUUCUUGCCCAUCAGAACCUCAGUUAAUCCACCUAGGAAAAACUGUGUCAAAGGGAAUGAGAAGGAGACUAUAUCUAAGUCCCCCUUAGAUCUAAGAGAAUAAUUCCUUUUGACCAUAUAAGCCAUUAUAGAUGCUUAUUUUGGAAAAGUAUAACCUUUUUAGAUGUAUCAGCAAUUAUAGACCAGAAAUUAAAUGCUUAAAUUAAAAUUAAUCAAAGCCUCAAAACUCAACAUGGUUUUAUAAAUACUCACUGGGAGUACUUGAGAAUUUUUUCAUCUUUCUGGUGAGAAAUUCUGUUUUAGUAUUUGUUUUCUAGUUGAUUAUUUUCUAAUUAAUUGAAAAUUAUAUUAAACCUAUUAGCUUCUGACCAUUCUGUUUCAUGACCACAGGCUUCUUCCCUUAGCAAGACAGCUAUAUUAUAUCUGCAUGCCUUUGUUUUGUGGAGGGACUUAAUAAAAGAGAGAGUGUAUAGUUCAGUGGCUUUAUUAGAAAAAUGACUUGGAAUAUGUAUACCCCAGUGAAUGGGGUAGUAUAAUCUCAUAACAUGUAUUAAAAAGAGGUUUUCCUGUCUGCUUAUUUGUGUCACUAGAGCUAAAUAAUGAAGACGAUGUUCAUAAUGUAGUAAAUACCAGAAUAAUACCUAGAAUAUCAUUUUUGACUUGUCCCAGCAUUCUAAUUACUUCUUUAAUCCUCCUUUGUUUUUGUGUCAUUCUAGCCUCAUUUAUUAAUAUAAAUCUAUUUUUACUCCACUUUCAGGAAAUUUUUUAAAUUAAUAUUUUAUAUCUAGAUUAAAUGCUUAUGGAAAAGUGCCUUUUUACCAUGAUAGUGCCCCUUUCUUAUAAUUUUUUUUUCAUUGUUGCCAAAAACACAUAGGCAAAUGACUUUAAUAGUCUCGGCUUUAAUUUUUUCUUUUUAGUAAUUCUUUUCUCCAUUUCUUGAUCACCAUAGAAAAGUUUCAAACCUUCCUAACACCCAUUGGCAGAAGAGGAACAGAAAAGAUAUAUAGCUAGGAUCGUUUCUUUGGAAGAGGAUAAGUGAAAGAUCCUCUUUUAGACUCUAUAUAAAUUAGCUAAAUUUGUCUUCAUCCUGACCAACCAAUAGUAAGUCUUAAUCUGAAUGCUGUCAAAAAUUUUAGUAUAUAUGAGACUAUGGCUCAAAUGUGUAUGGUUAACUUUCAGAAAGGAAGUGUUUGAAGCACCUGCUCUGCUCUUAAUUAUAAGAUGGAUGAAAAAUCGAUAACACAUAGUUUAGGUAAAGCUUGGUAAUGUCAAUUUUUCUUAGGAUAGAGAGUCAAAUAGUUCAUUGUUUUGUGCCUCUUGCCCAUCAGAACCUUAGUAAUCUGCCCAUGAAAAAUAGUUGCCAAAGAAAUGAAGCUAUAUCUGAGUCCUCCAGAACUAAAAUAAUUCCUUGCAGCCAGAUACAGUUGGAUCGGGUGUCCCUCUGUUUUUUUUGUUGUUGUUGUUAAUUUUGCCUAUGUUCCAGCUCCUCACCAUAGUGGUGGUGCCUAAAGAAAGGGCCAUCAGCAGCAAACAGGUCAGGAUAGUAGUGACUUAGAGAUAGAGCAGCUUUCCCUAUGUGAGUAUUUUCAUGACUGCUGGUGACUCUAAAGACUGCAGAUCUUUAUGCAAUAUUCUCAAUACCCUAAUGAUAUUAUGCACUUUAAUCAUUCCAAAGAAGUAAAAAAUGCUGUAUAGUGAUGAUUCCUUUUGAUGAAUACAUUUUAACUGUUUCAAAUAUUUAUGUCCCUUUUUAUUUUGGAUAGCCAACUUGGAAUAUUAUGGGAAUAUUUUCUAAAAUGACUGUAUAGUAGGACUUACUAAGGCUUUGAGACAUAACUGACUAUAAGGGGAAAUGAUUACACUUCAGAAAAUCAUUUUAGAAACAUUAAAAUGUUCAGCUUGCUAAUCUCUAUGUUUGAGAGUUAAUUAACCAGCUUUCUUCCUAUAUUUUUUGUUUCAUAUUAAUAACAUAGUAUAUAGUUUUCUACAUAUAUGUAUAAACCAGUGGUUCUCAAAAUGUGGUCCUCAGCCCACCAGCCAAUGUCUGUAUCACCUGGAAACUAGUUAAAAAUACAAAAUCUUGGGCCUUAUUCCAGACACAGUGAAUCAGAAACUCUGGAGUGGGACUCAGCAGUCUCUGUUUUUAGCAAGCCUUCUGUUAAAGGUGAUUCUGAUGCAUGCCAAAGUUUGAGAACCACUGGUUUAUAGUGUAUACAGUAAAAUGUAUUAAUAGAAAGGGCUUUUUUCCCACCCACACAGACAGUUAUACAUUGUUCUAAAUGUAAAAUCAGUUUAACCUGGUUAUCCAUAAUCAUUUACUGGUAAUGAUAAUUUAUUCUCAGUACUACCUAUAGAAAUAUAUUUUAUGUACAUACACAAUUAGUCCAGUUAUCGAUAAUUCAGUUAACUUAGUUUGGUGUAUUCCUACCACAUACUAAAAAGUUUACAUUAAAUGACUGAUUUAAAUAUAUAGGUGCAAUGGUCUAUAUUUUUAUUUUAACUAUGGUGACGUUUAAGUAGCUAACAUAAUUGACGGGUGCUAAAGUCUCCUGUUUAUCCAUAAAAUGGGUACAUUGUGGGCAGUGAUAAUACAAGCUUCAUUUUCAUUGCCUCCUACCUUACCAGCAGACAACAGUUUUGUCCUGGCUAGACCAACUCUCAGAACAAAAUUAUUUGUCAUUCCUUAUAUUUACAUUUGUAUCUGAGCUGUUAAACAACAUGGCUAGCCAGGUCAACAAAGCACCUUAUUUGAUUUGUUUUUUUUAAUAGAUAAAUCUUCUUUUAAAAUAGCUUGCUUUAUAUGAAAACUGAUGCACUGGAAAUAUAACUACCCUUGGUUGGAACUUAUGCUUCAGAUGAGAUGUUAAACAAGACAGUGUAUUAUUUAGUUUAGGCAUUUCUCCCUUUCCUAUUAUUUGCAACUAACCAUAAGAUAAAUAGCUUUAUUUAUUCAUUUUAAUCUCCCUCUAUAAUUCAGUACCUCCAUAAUUGCUGGUGUUUACAAAUCACCAGUUAAUAAAUUCAUGAAAGAAAAGUGCACAUUUCAAAAUAAAAAUCACCACUGCUGUCUUUGCUUAAUAGUAGCAGUGGAAAUGUAAGUGGCUUACUCUACAAACUUUGGUGCUGGAAAUAUAUAGGCAAACUGUUGGGAGAUGCUCUAGCUACAUUCCUGCUUUCUUGUUCCUGUUACCAUCUUUACCACCUUAUGGCAUAUUAUAUUCUUAUUAUGUAAGGCAUUCUACCAUACCACAAUAUUAUUCAACUCCAACUUGUAAUAUUUUCUUUAAAAGUUCUGUGUUUAACCAUAUCACCAUGCUUUCUUUUCCCAGAAGUAAUUUGCCUAAUUUGAGAUAGUUUGUAUAACUAUUAUUAUUUUAGCUAAUGAGCCUCAGUACACGCGCGCGCGCGCACACACACACACACACACACACACACAUGCCAUCUCAGAUGUUUGAGAGUGACUUUGGAAUCAGAUUAAAGAACUGUCCUGCACAGAAGUGUUUAUGACUUUCAGUGAUAAACUGAUUCCAGUGACAUUAAGCUAAUUUCUUUUGAUCUGAUGAAUGUAUCUGCUUCACCUUGUUCCCUUACUUUGAAUUGAUAAGCUCCAAGUAUUUAUUACUUUUUUGGGAUACUUUUUACUGAGUUCAUUCAUUUGUUUUACUUAGUCUUUUAAUCAGUAUACUACAGUAAUUUCAUUAACCUGUUCUCAAGUGGUUUAGCUACCAUUCUGCCAUUUAAGUUUUUUAUUUAAUUUUAUUUGCUUGAGUACACUGAUCAACCACUGAACUGCCUUCUUCCAUUGUCCUGCAAUGAUAUAAGGGUUACAUUUUUGUGUAUAUGGCUUUCAUAGUUGGUAUUUCAGAGCACUGACACCAGAUACUUCAGUUUAUUCUCUGGGGGAAUUUAAUUUGCAUCUAUGUUUUUAGCUAUCUGUGAUAACUUGUUAAAUAUUAAAAAGAUAUUUUGCUUCUAUUGGAACAUUUGUAUACUCGCAACUAUAUUUCUGUAAACAGCUGCAGUCAAAAAUAAAACAUUGAAAGUUUUCA